CUGUUUAUUCUUGACGAUUUUUUUGUGCUCACGAUAAAUAAUCAACGCCGUUAUGGAUUGUACAAAAUUAAUUCUCUUUGUGGUAUUAUGGUGUGCGAAUUUAUCUGCGAGUUUCAGAAUAUUAGGAAUAUGUCCUAGUAGUAGUUUUAGUCAUCAACAACCAUUUCAAGCUCUUAUGAAAGCUUUGGUAAUGAAAGGACACGAAGUCACUGUGAUAUCAACUAUACCGAUGAAGUUACCCGCAAAGAAUUAUAGAAACGUGGAUGUGUCCUUCACCUACCGAAAGAAAGAUUGCACUGGGUUAAGGCACGUGAAUGCAUUCAAGAUACUGAUGGAUAACAUGAACGAAGCCAAUAAUUUAUGUGAGGAACAACUAACUAGUGAUGCCGUGCAGCAACUAAUGUCGAGAAAUGAAACUUUUGACGCUGUCAUCAUUGAACAGCUGUGGUUUCAGUGCUAUUAUGCUCUUGUAAAGCAUUACAACUACCCGAUAUUGAUUGGCUACUUGAGUGUUGGGAAUUUACCUUACGUUAUGGACUCAGUAGGCAAUCCAGAUGAUCCCACCUUGAAUCCGGAUAUGGCAUAUCCAUUUACAGAUAGAAUGACGUUGGAGGAACGUAUCUGGAACAUUAUCUACACAACAUGGUGCCGGUUAUAUUACAGAUAUGUCCAUUUACCUCGCGUUCAACGGAUCCUUGACAAAUGGUUUCCUGGUACUUCAGUUUACGACGUGGAUCGAAACUUUAGCUUAGUAAUACUUGGAAAUAACCAUGUCCUUGGAUACCCCAAACCUCUUUUACCGAAUGUAGUAGAAGUGCACAGUUUACAAAUUCAGGAGAACCCCGAUCCUUUGCCGAUUGAAAUACAGGAUUUCCUAGAUUCCGGCAAAGAUGGAGUUGUUUACUUUUCGUUGGGAUCAAAUUUACAGGGACAUCAACUUCCUCCACUGACAUUAAAAGCGUUGUUUGAUGCAUUUAGCGCUCUGAAAUACCGAAUUUUAUGGAAAUAUAAUAAUGACGCAUCUUUCAACAUUACUAAUAUCAAAUUUGUAAAAUGGGCACCACAGCAGGCUAUUCUCGCUCAUCCGAAUGUUAAGGCGUAUAUAAUGCAGGGUGGUUUGCAAUCUUUGCAAGAGGCCGUACACUACAUGGUUCCUGUUAUUGCAAUCCCAUUUUUUGGUGAUCAGAAUUUCAAUGCUAGAAAGAUAUUGGACACACAAAUUGGGUUAAAUCUUAACGUUGACAGCAUGACCAAGGAAACGAUAAUGCACGCGGUCAGUGAGGUUAUCGAUAACCCAAAAUACUCGAAGAACAUAAAACAGUUAGGGGACAUAUUAAAGGACGAACCAGUGAAGCCCUUAAAUAGGGCUCUGUGGCACGUUGAACACGUUCUAAAGUUUCCUAAUGCAAGGCAUCUGCGUUAUCACGGAAGAGAUAUAUCGUGGUUAGAACAUCACACCGUGGAAGUACUCUUUUGUUUUGCUAUCAUUUUGCUUAUAUCUGCAUUGUAUAAAUGUUCCGUAAUGCGAGAACGCAACGUAAUUCGGCACAAGUGUAAGAUGCAAAAUAGGUUUGAAGAAAUCGCAUCACAUUCAAAAUCUAAGGAUAAUUGAUUUCCUUCUACGUACACCCGAGCUAUGUUUUGACAUGUAACAUAAGUUUGGUGCAAUGAAAAUACAGUCAUGGUCACAAGACUCGAUACAUUUUCGAGCCAAAUACAUUUAUAAGAAGCUGCGAAAAUGCGAAAGUAGAGUCUAUCGUCUCAAAAGUUGCGAGCCAAAUGUGAUAAAGUCUAGUGAAGACAUUCGAAUAUAGCACCUUCGUGAGUAUAAUACUGAUUGUUGUUUUUUAUCAUUUAUUACAUAAUAUACAGGCCUGUGAAAAUGCGAAGCAUCAUAGAUUAUUACUGCUUAACGGUUUCGUAAGACUAUCUGGAAAAUAUUCCACUCUGAUAAUUUGUAAAAUUAAUGUUUUCGUAACCAAUUUAUAAUGAUAAUAUUUCCAUUAUACCCCACAGCAUGUGGAAAUUAUAACUUAUCAUUGAAAAGGUGUAAAGUAACAUUGUGCGAUAUUUUAAAUUGAAAAUUAUGUUUUACAAAAUUGACAUUGUUGGAGUGUAUUACAGGCUACAUAGAUAAUUAGUUUAGUGUGCGUACACCCUAAAAACUAUUGGUAACUUUUCAUAUGCCGUUAAACGCUCAAUUUUAGUAUCAAAUAGAUCCCGUAACAGCAAAGGACGCUGGCGUUAGUUUGCAGUCAUGAAAAGCUAUGUAGCGUCAAAUUUGUGCCUCAAACGAUCAGAAACCUACCUAAGCUAACAAUUGAGUAACUCCGUUCGUAGCGUCGUAUUCGCUCUUGCUUCAAAACAUCCGAUGUGACGUUUGUAAAUAAAUAUUACAAGUGGUUCAGUGCGUUCGGGAUAAUUAUUUGUAAGGUAAAAUUAAAAAACAGUAGCACUAUUUACUUUGAUAGAAUUAACAAAAAAGAGGCAUUACGGUAA